UUAGCUGAAGAGAAAUGGUAGUUGUCACGCAACCUGCUUUCGAGGCGUUCAGUUAAGUGGUAUAUAUUAGGGUUUAUUUUUCUAAACAGUUAAGUUGAUAGUGCUUACCAAAUCACGGUUAUCUUGUGUUAAAAUGACAUUCACAGUCACCAGGCACGGCCUGACUGCUUUUCUGCAUUGACCUGUUGGUCUGUCUGAUAAAAAAAAAACAACCAUCAACAACAACAACAACAAAAAAAACAUUACGCGUAUAAUAUUUUGUGUUCAGAUGGACCAGGCUGAAGGUGUUCAUUUAUAACCGCUUUAAACGUGUAUUCAGGAGGUCAAUAAAGUUACAUUUAACCACGAUAAUUCGUGCACUUUAUAUAGAUCCACUAGCUAUCCUGAACAGUAAGCGUUAGGAAACUGAAACGGACACAUCAACAUUUACAUACAAGUGAAUAUUCAUAUUACAUCGAGUUUAUGGAGUAGUUAGCUAACAAGAUAGAUUGAUCUCGACUGAUCUAUAUUCAAUCGACUAUAGUUUGCAAGGUUUAAUCAUAGGAAGUGAAUAUGUGUGGUUAGUUCCCUGACUAUAUAGUCACAGAGGAACAGCACUCCUCGAGUUAAAAACACUCCUCGGUGAAGACGAUAUCCUCCCUCCCCACGGGCUGACUCUCUAAUGCACGGCUUACCCAUGCCAUCAGAAAGCAGGAAACGGCAUCACAGCUGUGAUGCUGAGGAAGAGCAGCUUCUGCCUCAAGCCAAGAGGUUUCCAGGUCAUCCUUUCUUUUCUGAACUAGCCCGUGAUGUUUGGGACUCUGAGUCUUCGAGUAGUGAUAGCAGCUGCAUUAGCAGUCCAGAAAAGCUGACAGGAGCCGGCUCCCAGUCUGUAGAGCAAAAUGGAAGGUGUGUCCUAGAGGAUUCCUGUAGCCCUAGCACCUCCGGUCAGUUUGGUGAAUCUGACGACUCUUACCAUCAUAUCAACCGCAUCCUUAGAGAAGCCCACUUCAACAGCCUGCAAACUCGUGGCCAGCCAGGAGCAACCUGAUCAUCUGCCAUCUAAUGGCAGAAAGAACAGUGCACAGGGAAUCUUUCACAACAGAAAUUUAUAUCAAUGGCACACCGUGAAUCUCUCUUCACUUUGGAUCAGUUGCUUUGGUGCCCAUUUUCAGAGCGCUUUUCCAUUUUCAUUAUCAGGGUUCGUUUAGAUCGCUACGUGGGUGCUACAACAUAAAAGAAAUAUCUCAGACAUGCAAUAUGAUCAUUACAUGUAAAUCCCUAAUACUGAUCCUUGAAGAUGUACAUGGUGCUACAUGCUAAAUAAUACAGUCAUAUUAAGUAAGAGGAUGUGUGUUAUUAGUGUACCUUGUGAUGAGUAGUGCACGAAGUGGAAAAGGUGCACAUAGAAAUUAUGCAUUUUUACUUUCUUCUUCCUAAAGACUUCUGGGAUCACAAAGAUGGUUUAAGCACAUGGGAGCAUUAAUGCAUAAUGACUUAACAGUAGUUAUAUUACCAGUUCUAAUCCAUAUACAUAGGACCUUAGGGUAAUUGUGUUGCAUUUGUUUCUAUUUGAUUUAAAAAUCAUUCAGUUAGCUUAGUUUUAUCUUGUGUGUAUAUAAGCCAGAAGCUCAGGUAGGUGGCAAGUUGCUAACUAUAGUACAGAUAUGUGCCACGAGUAUAUUAUUACCCUCAAUCUUUUUCUUUUUCAAUUUUCCUGUUGCUUAGUCCAAACUACUUAUGUGACAUUUGUGCUUAAUAUUAGCAGAAUGUCUAUUUAAUUAUCUGAUUAUUGUUUAACUCAGGUAUGUUGUAAAGUACAUUUCUUCAGGCACUUUUAUUAGUGGAGGUAGCAAGAUUUUGUGACUUUUAAUUGAGGUGUAUUCAGACUGAGAUGACAAUAUAAUUUUAACCCACAGAAUAAUUUGCACAGCUUGAAAGGAAUGAUUUCCUAUUGGCUUUUCUGCAUAUGAGUCAGCUGUUUCAUAGGAACACAGGAAGACACCAUGGUCUAAAAUUAGUCUUCUCCUAAAAUAGCCACCUAGAGCCCCAGUACCACCGUCACUUAGUCAUAAAAGGUCUGGGAUGGUUUUAGUAUCUUUGCACACGUGCAUAACAUGUUUUUCCCACCCGUUUAUCAUUAGGCCUACAAGUCUGGGUGAAUAAUGGACAGUUACCAGAAAACGCUACAUCUUGAACAUCCCAGAAUCUGUAACUUUGUAUGUAUGAUCACAUUUUGUUCUUGGCCUGAGGUCAUACUCGAGCUUCCGACUUAACUGUUUGUUCGAGAGUGUGUACAAUAAGGGUGCUGAUAUAGCUGUUAACUUGCACUGAGACACUGCAGUACGUCCAGGUGAUGGACCAGUGGUUCUCGACCUGGGGGUUGCAUGGUGGCUUUCAAGAAAAGUCCACAUGCCUGUAUAUUUAAGAACAUAUUUUUGAGAAUUACUUUUCCUAUGAUAUUAAAUGUGUGUUCAAACUUGUAUGCAAACUUGUUUGUUAAAGCUACACAAAUCUUUGUGGACUUGACCAUCAAACCCAUAUGUGCUUUUUGAACAUCCCCAAUCCAGAGCCAAAAAUAAAACACAGGUAUGCAGU